AGUCGUGUGUAUAACGGUACUCAACAUAAUUAAUCUUACUCUCAGAUUCGAAAAAGUUAUUUUUAUAUGAAUUUGGUUUGUUAACCGUAGUGGUUAGGUACUAUAAAAUAUGACUCUACCCGAAACUUUUGUACAGGGAUUUCACGAUGAGGCAGCGGUGAGAAAAAUGCAGUAUACUAAACUUGGAAACACUGAUAUGCACGUUUCAAAAUUGUCAUUGGGUACCGGUGGAUUUUCUUAUUUUUAUGGUGAGUACGAUAUUGAAGAAUGUAAGAAAACUGUCCACGAGGCUAUUAAAAGAGGUAUUAAUUACAUCGAUACUGGGCCUUGGUAUGGACAUGGAACAUCAGAAGAGAUAUUAGGAAAAUGUUUGGAAGGAAUUCCGAGGAAAGCUUACUACCUAGCCACAAAAAUUGGACGUUACGAGCAGGAUCCCAAGUUAAUGUUCAAUUUUUCUGCCCAAAAAACUCGAGAAAGUUUAAAUACUUCUUUGAAACGACUGAAAGUAGACUACGUGGAUGUUUUACAGGUACAUGAUGUAGAAUUUGCUCCUAGUAUGGACACCAUUCUAAACGAGACCUUACCAACAGUAGAAGAACUUAAGAAGGAAGGAAAAACUAGAUAUAUCGGUUUAACAGGCUAUCCUGUCUCUACCUUAGUCGAAGUUAUUGAAAAAAGCAAAAUCAGUAUUAACAUGAUAUUGAGUUACACCAGACUGACCAUGAUUGACGACACCUUAAGAUCAUUUAUUCCAACGUUACAAUCAAAACAUGUUGGAAUUGUAAACGCUGCAGCGAACUCAAUGGGACUCUUGAGCAAUUUUGGUCCUCAAAAUUGGCAUCCAGCAUCUGAACACAUAAAAGACAUCUGCACAGAAGCUCGGAAUUUAUGUAAGAAGAAUGAUGUGGAAUUGGGAAAACUAGCAAUUUACUAUAGUCUGCAGGAAAAAGGCACUGAAACCGUAUUGGUAGGAAUGAACACACCAAAACUUGUAGACAUCAAUCUGGAAGUCAUAUACAAUGGUUUAACGCCAAUAGAGCAAGAUAUUUAUCAGCAGGUUUUAAAAAUCUUUGAAAAGAUUACUGAGAGACAUUGGGAAAAUGUUGAACUUCAAAAUUAUUGGAAAAUAAUGAAAGGAGAAGGAUCUGCUGGGUUCUUUACAACAAAAUAACAGUAUUUGUAAAUAUAUUAUCCUUCCUAUCUGCAAUUUGUUUUGCACUACAAUAAAUAUACUCUGUACUGUAAAUUUUAAAUUAAAAAAUCGAUUUGUUAAGUUUUUUAAACAUAUAAAUAGAUAAAUAAACAGCAAAAGUA